AUGCCUCUGAUAGAUGGAGUAAUGGUGCUUCUACCACCGCCUGAGGGCUAUGUGGUUAACUUCGACAACCCACAGAGACAGGGAGUGACAGAAGCAUACUUUGUGGCGGGGUUCGGAAUGGCUGUGAGCUUUCUUUUCUUCUGCCAGAGGAUGUAUGUCAAGCUAUUUCUUGCAGGUGGCUUGCAGUUUGACGAUGUCUUACUCAUAUUUUCAUAUAUAUUGGCCUUGGUGACCAUCAGUCUUUGCCUUCACAUGUUUGCUUCUGGCGCUGGAGGUGUACAUGCCUGGGAAGCCUCUAUUGAGACCUUCAAUAUUUACCUAAUGGAUGUCUAUCUCGCCGCAUUCAUAUAUGUCCUCUGCGGUUCCCUAGCCAAACUCGCUCUCCUCAUGUUCUACUUCCGACUCUCCCCUCAGCGAUGGUUUAAAAUCUCAGUUUGGUCAACCGCUGUAUUCAUCAGCGGAUACACCCUCGGCAUCUUCUUCGCCGUGAUGUUUGCCUGCCAUCCUAUUGCCAUGAACUGGGAUGUUACAAUCACAGAAGGCAAAUGCAUUAACAGACCUGGUCUGUAUAUCGCGACCGCGAUAACCAACAUUAUCAGCGACGUUAUCCUAUUUAUACUACCGUUGCCAAUGGUCCUGCAACUCCAGAUGCCCUUCAAGCAGAAGGUUGGCUUGAUGGGCAUCUUUACUAUCGGAUCUUUGACAGUUAUCACAUCUAUUGUCAGGGUCAGUCUUCUCCCAGGAAUGCUUAAAUCCAUGGACUUGACUUGGGUUAUCGCUUUUCCUUCGAUUUGGAUUAUUGUCGAAGCGAACCUGAUCAUUACCUGUGCGACGAUGCCGACGCUCCGCAAGUUCUUCAAACAUGUUGCCCCCAAACUCAUCGGCGAGUCACGAUAUGGCAGCAAAACAGGGAAAUCGUCAAAAUAUGGCAAGCCAGAUACAGGAUCCAAGCCUCCGAGUCGACCAUUUGCCCCCUCUUCCCAGGGACGCCGUGACCGAACACAAUAUUCACAGUUCGAUGGCGAUGAGAACCCUAUGCCUGAUAACUUUGCUCUAGGCCCCAUCAACGGACGCGUGGGACACAAUACCAGCGUUGGUCAGAGCGAAGAGGUUACCGGCUGGAUCGAUAGCGAUUCUGAGAAGGGGAUCGUUGGGGGGACGGUCAAGCCAGCCAUUGUGCAGACGAAGACGGUGACGGUGGAGUAUGAACGAUCACUAUGA